AUGCGUGCUCAUUUAACAGAUGGGGAACCUGGGGCUCACAGAGGUGGUUUCACGUGUCCACGAUCCCAGCCAGGAAAGGGUGUCCGGACAGCUUCAUGCUGCUCCAGGCCCAAGGUGGCGGCUCUCACUCUAGGGACACUGCUGCUGCUGACAGGCAUUGGGGCUGCAGCCUGGGCCAUAGUGACCAUCCUACUACGGAGCGACCAGGAGCCGCUGUACCCAGUGCAGGUCAGCCCCGGGGACUCGCGACUCGCAGUGUUCGACAAGACGGAGGGGACAUGGAGGCUGCUGUGUUCUUCACGCUCCAACGCCAGGGUGGCGGGGCUCGGCUGUGAGGAGAUGGGUUUCCUCAGGGUCCUGGCGCACUCGGAGCUGGAUGUGCGAACCGCGGGCGCCAACGGUACGUCGGGCUUCUUCUGCGUGGACGAGGGCGGCCUGCCCAUGGCUCAGAGGUUGCUGGAUGUCAUCUCUGUGUGCGACUGCCCCAGAGGCCGAUUUGUGACCGCCAUCUGCCAAGACUGCGGCCGCAGAAAGCUGCCCGUGGAUCGCAUCGUGGGGGGCCAGGACAGCAGCCUGGGAAGGUGGCCAUGGCAGGUCAGCCUGCGUUAUGAUGGGACCCACCUCUGUGGGGGAUCCCUGCUGUCCGGGGACUGGGUGCUGACAGCUGCGCAUUGCUUUCCAGAGCGUAACCGGGUCCUGUCUCGAUGGCGGGUAUUUGCUGGUGCUGUGGCCCGGACCUCGCCCCAUGGCAUGCAACUGGGGGUUAAAGCUGUCAUCUAUCACGGGGGAUACCUUCCUUUUCGAGACCCUACCAUUGAGGAGAACAGCAAUGACAUCGCCCUGGUCCACCUCUCCAGCCCCCUGCCUCUCACGGAAUACAUCCAGCCGGUGUGUCUCCCUGCUGCGGGACAGGCCCUGGGCUUUGGGAAGGUCUGUACUGUGACUGGCUGGGGCAACACGCAGUUCUACGGCCAGCAGGCUGUGGUGCUCCAAGAGGCCCGGGUCCCCAUCAUAAGCAAUGAGGUCUGUAACAGCCCUGACUUCUACGGGAAUCAGAUCAAAUCCAAGAUGUUCUGUGCCGGUUAUCCUGAGGGUGGCAUUGACGCUUGCCAGGGAGACAGCGGCGGCCCCUUUGUGUGUGAGGACGGCAUCUCUGGGACGUCAAGAUGGAGGCUCUGUGGCAUCGUGAGCUGGGGUACGGGCUGUGCUUUGGCCCAGAAGCCAUGAGUGUACACCAAAGUCACUGACUUUCGGGAGUGGGUCUUCCAGGCCAUAAAGACUCACUCCGAAGCCAGUGGCAUGGUGACUCAACCGUGA